ACCGCAAUCGAAUCCGCUGAAAUUCUUCGUCAGCAUACCCAGGAUCCAAAUACAAUCAUCCCCAGCUCCUACAUGGGCCUCCCCGCUCAGGAGCAGCAGCAGCCUGAGCCUGAACCCGCCCUGCCGCUCGUCCGCCUGAACCACGUCGCCUUCUCGUGCGCGUCCGUCGAGGACUCCAUCGACUUCUACCGACGCGUGCUCGGCUUCCAGCUGAUCCAACGCCCGGCGUCCCUGGACUUCGGGGGAGCAUGGAUGCAUAGAUACGGCAUGGGCAUACAUCUCCUGCAGCGGGGCGCCGGUUGCGACGCGCCUCCGAUGUCGCCGGCGAUCAACCCGAAGGGCAACCACAUAUCGUUCCAGUGCUCGGACAUGGCGCUGACGAAGGCGAGGCUGCGCGACAUGAACCUGGAGGUGGUCACCGCGAGGGUGUGGGACGGCGAGACGACGGUGGAGCAGCUCUUCUUCCACGACCCGGACGGGAACGUGAUCGAGAUCUGCAACUGCGAAGACCUUCCCGUGGUGCCCCUUGCUCCACCUGCUCGCCUUGCCAAACCGACGGUGCAGAUGAACGUGCAUCCCUAGCUCCCGCGCUAGUACUUCGUAGGGAUGGUCUUGCAAGAAAUGUGGGGAAAUUGCUGUUGCAGACAAGGCGGCAAGCAUGAUUUGAUCCGUUUCGAUUUGUAUGGCGUAGCAAAUGAAAAUGUAUGUAUACGUGAUGACCUUCAUUUGCACAUUGAUUCUUGGCCGGGGAGUGCUAUCAGGUGCUCCCACGCCUUAAAUGAUCUCAUGCUUUAAUCUUCUGAGAAAUAAAUUUGAAUAUUCCCAAAA